AACACAGUGCAAUAGAGAAGACAAUGUAGCCACUCAGUGUCAGCCAAAUCCAUGAUAUUAACACAAUCUAAAGAGCAAGGGGAGUUUCCAAAGUCAUCAAACCCGUCCAACUUUCUCAUUUACAGCUAUAGACCACUGAAAAUGGAUCCUAUUAGGGCUGCUGUUCCUUUGCUAUGGCUUUCCCUGUGCUUUGGGAAUAUUCUGGAGGCAGCGGUACUUGGAUCAUUGCAGUACCCCUCCGGUGCGGAUGAUAACGGGCUUGUAUCACAUCUGGAUGAGCGGAGUCGCAGAGAGCCGACAGCGGUGUCCAGGAAAGACCCUCCGAUAAAUGAUACUAUCGUCCCCCAUGAGUAUAUGGUAUCUCUAUACAGGACACUAUCUGAGAUAGAGAGCAGAGGGCUUAACAGCAGUGCUCCUCGCACCGCAAGACUCGCCAACACCGUGACCAGUUUCGUGGAUCAAGGAAAAGAUCACUCCUCCUGGGGAAGUGGCCAGCGCUAUCUCUUCGAUCUCUCCAGUCUGUCCAGGACUGAUGAGCUUGUGGAGGCAGAACUGAGGAUCCUGAGAAAGCCACCGCUGGAUCUCCUUCCUGUGCUGACAUGGGGCAGGAAUCUUUAUCGCCUCCUCCUCUACACUUGUCCGUCUGAGGGGAACUCUGGAAGACGGCUGCUGGAUUCCAGGACAGUCGACGUUCUGGAUGGCGAGCCUCCCAAAUGGGAUGUAUUUGACGUGUGGGCAAGCGUGAAGGCUCGACGAAGGAGCCACAGGACAGCAGCGGGCAACGACCUCCUUGUGGCCUGCUUUGACCUGCUGGUUGUUUCAGAGUUGACCAAAGAGGCAGCCAACCCUCUUACAGUAGGGCUGCGACGCCAGUCUCGGCAGCCCCAGGAGAGGGCCUUGCUGGUGGCUUUUUCUCGCACCCGCAGGAAAGAAAACCUGUUCAAGGAGAUCAGGGAGCAGAUAAAGGCAGUGCGAGGACACAUGGGUUUUCUGGAUCCUUUGAACCUCUCUGGUGACGUGGUUGGUCACCUAUCCAGGCGUCGCAGACGCCGGACUGCCCUGACCAGCAGAUCUAUAGGUGGAGCUGGUGGGGGAGGAGGAGGCGUCGGUGUUGGAGGAGGAGGAAGGAGUGGUGGAGGCAGCGGGCGCAGGAAGACUCGAUGCAGCCGCAGGCAGCUCCACGUCAACUUCAAGGAGUUGGGCUGGGACGACUGGAUCAUCGCACCGCUGGAUUACGAGGCGCACCACUGUGAGGGCGUGUGUGACUUUCCUCUGCGCUCACACCUGGAGCCAACAAAUCACGCCAUCAUUCAGACACUUAUGAACUCUAUGGACCCUGACUCCAGCCCGCCCAGCUGCUGUGUCCCCUCCAAACUCAGCCCCAUCAGCAUCCUCUACAUUGACUCUGGCAACAAUGUGGUCUACAAGCAGUAUGAGGACAUGGUGGUGGAGAGCUGUGGCUGCAGGUAGCAUUGCGAGAGAGGGGGAUGUCUGAUUGUCUUGUCGGAAAAUCAAUUGGUGGUUUGAUGCGCUUGUUAACGCAGGCCUCCCCUAUCUCUUCCCCCUAAACCAACUGUAUUUUGUGAUUUGCUGAAAAAAAGUCCCGACAAGUAUGCUCAUUACUGAUCUGCCUUAACUUGAGUGGAACAUAAUCUAAUUUGCUGCUUAAUUUAUUAGAAUUUGUCAUUGAGCUGCUAUUUAAUUUCAUGAGCUCUUUAGCAUUUCUUUACUCAUAACAUGCUCUGUCUCUCUCUCUCUCUCUCUCUCUCUCUGUCUCCUUGGCUCUGCAUGUUGCCCGAUGCUGUCAACUUUAGUAAAUAUCCCAUUCUUAAACAACUGAUAUGCUUCUCACUUUGGUUGUAUCACAUUACUUUAGUAAUCCAUUUAUGAUAAGGUGUAUAAAACAUCAGCCCUAGCUUUUAAUUUGCUGAACAGCAGACAGAAUGAAUUGAAAUGAACAAAACCCCAGACUUCUAGCGUUAUGACAACAGCGUUAGAGUACAUUUGUGUGCCUAUAAGAGAGGCAUGGGAGUAAAUGAUUUGAUAUCCUUAACUAUCAGAAGACAUAGUAAGACAGUUUUAGUUCCACUGAAUUGCUCCCACUGUGCUUGCUCUUAACUAAAACAACAUUUCAAAUGUAUGGGAGGACACAAUCAAAAAGGACUUUUGAAUAUUGUCGUUUGCAUCACACAAGACCCUACUGUCAUCCCUUGGACAUGUUUUAGAUAAUGCUGCUGUCAGUAUUGAGAAAUCUGGACAUUGUUAUGCAUCUCUUUAGCAAGACAGAAAACGUCUCCCGUUCAUGGAGCUGUCUGCUGUAGAAACCUCUGUCUAUCAGCCCAAGUUGGAGGAACAGUGAUCUUUAGUUAGGGAUAUGCUAUAGGACCCAUUUACACAGUUAACUUAGAAAAAUAGCUGUGUCACAAUGCAUUUGCUUAUAUCACUCUAUAUCAUUACUAUGCAAAGAUCAGAGGUAUAUGAUAUGGAACAUUUAAGGUAUGAAUGAAGGUGGUAUGAAUGAAGGCCGACAAGGUGAAUUUGAAGCAGAUUUUUAUGGCAUGACUCCGAUUUAUUAUUGCUUGCAACUGAGAAAUUUCAUUUUUUUGCAGAGUAGGCUUUCUACUACAGCUGGUAAUGUACAUGACUUAAACAAGCAGAUCCCGUGCUAACUUUGAUUGAUAUGGCGAUUAAUUUCCCUGUCAACAGCACAGAACCUAUAGGCUAUAUAAUGUCCAUAGGAAUUCCUUGUCAGGGAAAUGGAACAUUGGAAUUCACCAUUUAACACUCCAGGUACUGAAUUAUAAGAGCACAUGAUUUUGCUAAAUGCUAUUGAUCAAACAGCAACAUGUGUUGGUCUUUGGAUGUAAUUUCCAUCUAUUCCAUUUUAUUUUAGAGUUCAGUCCAGAGUGGCAUGUUAGCCUGCUGGUACAAAUACACUAUAUAUACAAAAGUAUGUGGACAUCCCUUCAGGUGUAUAAAAUUGAGCACACAGCCAUUCAAUCUCCAUAGACAAACAUUGGCAGUGGAAUGGCCUUACUGAAGAGCUC